AUGACUUCUAAUUUGUCUGCUUUAUUUAACAAUGCAAAAAAGGUAACACUUGUCAGUGUUCCAGUAAAAGAAGAAUCUGAAAAUGAAACAGUUGAAGAAGAAAUAGUCGAAACACAAAAUGAAAUAAUUAAACAAGAGCGUGAAUACGAAGAUCCAUUAAUAGUUAAUGCUCAAACAAUAUUUGUUGGUAAUGUACCAACUGGAUGUACUCAAAAAGAACUUAAAAAAUUAUUUUCUCAAUUCGGUACAGUCAAAUCGAUUCGACUUCGAAAUCUCAUUCCACUAAAUCCAAAACGAGGCAAACGUCUUGCAUUUAUCAAAAAAGAAUUUCAUCCUUUACAAAAGACAGUAAAUGCUUUUGUUCGAUUCACUGACGAGACUGAAGCAAGAAACGCAACUAAUUUGUAA